AUGUAUCACUUCAAGAUGGAAGCUGCAUUGGCUAUUGCCGCCUGGGCUUUCAGCUCGGUCGGCCAGGACCUGCCCCUCGCUCGGAGUCGACUCCCUGGUCUUCACUCCAGGGGCAAUUAUGAUAUGACCGACCUCCAGGCCAAGCUUUCAAGUAACGCCAAAAUUUACUACCCCAACUCGACAGAGUUUGUGGAUGCCUCAGCCCGGUGGUCGCUCUUGGAUAAACCCAAGGUGAAUGUGGUCGUUGUGCCUGGCACCGAGAAUGACGUUGCCGAGACCGUGCAAUUCGCGAACAAGCGGGACUUGCCAUUCCUUGCAUAUACCGGCGCUCAUGGAUCCCUUACCACGCUGGGCAAGAUGGACCAGGGAAUCGAGAUUUACAUGACUCAGCUUGACACCGUUACCGUUGCUGGAGACGGACAGACAGCAACCAUUGGUGGCGGAGCCAUGUCGAAGGCUGUUGUGGACUCUCUUUGGAAUGCAGGAAAGCAAGCCGUGACUGGAACAUGUGAGUGUGUCGGCAUUCUUGGACCUGGUCUCGGUGGAGGUCAUGGCUGGCUCCAAGGUCACCAUGGACUGGUCUCUGAUCAGUUUGUCUCAAUGAACGUCGUCCUUGCCAACGGAACCUUGACGACAAUUGAUGCAAACUCCGACCUUUGGUGGGCGAUGAAGGGCGCUGGCCACAACUUUGGUAUCGUUACUUCCCUGACUACCAAGGUCUUUGACAUUCAGUAUCGCGACUGGGCCAUUGAAACUCUCACUUUCAGCGGUGAUAAGGUUGGGGCUGUGUACCAGGCUGCCAACGACUAUCUGUUGAAGAACGGCACACAGCCAGAAGGCUUGAUCAACUGGUCCUACUGGCUUAACAACCCAGGCGCUGACCCCAACAACCCGGUCAUCAUCUUCUACAUCAUCCAAGAAGGUGUCACUACCGUCGACUCAGCUUACACCCAGCCUUUCCAUGCUAUCGGUCCUAUCUCGAUCGAACCCAUGUCAGGCACCUAUACCGAUCUGGCUGGUUGGACUGGAAUCGCCGAUUCAUCGCCCCCUUGCCAAAAGGGUGCCCUUGCAAACCCCCGCUUCCCCAUCUACCUCCAGUCAUACAAUGUAGAUGCCCAAAAGAAAGCGUACGGGGUUUUCGCAAAUGCCGUCCGCGGAACCUCGGAAUUCAACAACUCCAUUUUCAUGUUCGAGGGCUACUCCAUGGAGGGCGUGCAGGCAAUCCCUUACGACUCUAGCGCUUUUGCAUUCCGGAGUGAGAACAUUCUUGCCGCUCCGCUCAUAAAUUACUUGCCUGCUGGCUCCGAUCUGGACACCCAAGUCGCCAACUUGGGCAACCAGAUUCGUGAUAUUCUUCGGGAUGGUACUGGCCAAAACGACUUCCGGGCCUAUGUCAACUAUGCCUACGGUGAUGAAUCACUCCAGGAGCUGUACGGAAGUGAGAGCUGGCGCCAGAGUCGUCUGAAGGCUUUGAAGCAGAAGUAUGAUCCCACUGGCAAGUUUAGCUUCUACGCACCUAUUCCGUCAAGCUAG